AAAAUUUUCAGAAAUUUAGAAAUUUAAUCGAUUUUUCUUUUGUUUUCGCAAUUUUGUUUUUCUUCUCUUUCUUCUUCCGAGGGAAAAAAAUGAGGACGGCGAUUCUCCGAUCGCAGGAUUGCCUCCGAGGUCGCUUCCGCCACGAAGCCCUAACCCUAACCCUCUCCCCCCGCUCCGGAUCACGAAGGAGCUCCAAUUUCUCUAACCCUAACCCUAAUUCCACCCCCAACCAUGUCUCCACCGCCAAUAUUCAUCAAUCUCGCCGCCGGAAGAGGAGUCCGAUGGGGCUUCAGUCCAAUCAACACGAACGGCCUCGCGAUUGGUGCUCUGAUCGCGCCGCGGUUGCGAAGGCGCCGGGGAAAAACCUGGUGAUUGGACAGGUCAAGAUCCUGAGACGCGGCGAGGAUUUGAACCCAGAGAAGAAUAACCGAGGGCUCGGAGUUGCUGCCCGCGAUGAUCGCAAGCCGAAGGCGAUGAAGGAAAACGAUCCGGAUUUGGUUUUGGGAUCCACGGACCGUUUGGGACCCGACCCGGAGACCGUGCAGAAGCAGAUUAAGGCUGCGGAGUUCAAAGUUAUGGAUGCGAUUUACGCCGGAUCGAGCGCUUUCUGCGCGUCUCCGCCUCCGAGCUCGGUGCCACUGCCUAGAUUUUUGGGAAGGAACGGAACCGCCACCAGCGAUCUCCGCAGGCUGCUGCGACUCGAUUUGGUGUGAGCGCCAGGCGUUCUGAAGAAUCGAAACAAGAAAAGCUCCGGCUUUGCAAUUUGGCAGCGGCGAUUGAAUCGUUUGAUCGAAAGUUGAAUGAAUCCGAAAUUCCGAGAUGGUUGAAGGUUUUUUCGAUUAGUUGGUAAUGGUUGUUCGUUUAGUCCCAAUUUGCUUCCUUUAUUUUUUCAAGAGGAAAGUCGAUUGAGUGCGAGCAAAUGACGAUAUGAUUAGAGCUUAUGUUGCUAGGGUUUCUGCAAGUCGAAGGAAGAAGAUUAGUAGGAUAGUUUGGGUGUUUGGCGCUUUGUAUAUUUUACUUGGCAUGCAAGAAAUGUUUACGAGGUUGGAAGAAA